AUUCUUGGAACACACUGGCAGCUCAACAAAUUCUGCUCCCUCCUCCUCUCCCUGUUGUCCUUGAGCAGUUCUGGCUGGGAAGUUUCUUCUUUCCUUGACCAACAUCCUGACCUUUUACGAUAUUGGCUCCUCUUGUCCUCCAUCUGAUGGUCUCAUUUUUGUUUUCUUGUCCCACCUCUCAGCAGCUGCCUCAAAGAUCCUGACACUAACCAUGUUUUCUGUGUCUGAACUCCGGAUGUCCAUCCCGGCCAUGGAGCUGCUCCUGGCUGCCACUAUCUUCUGCCUGGUGCUCUGGGUAGUCAGAGCUUCCAGGCCUCAGGUUCCCAAAGGGCUGAAGAGACCCCCGGGACCCUGGGGCUGGCCGCUGAUCGGGCACGCUUUGACUCUGGGCAAGAACCCGCACCUGUCGCUGGCCAGGCUGAGUGAGCGCUAUGGGGAUGUGAUGCAGAUCCGCAUCGGCUCCACGCCUGUGGUGGUGCUGAGCGGCCUGGACACCAUCCGCCAAGCCCUGGUGCGGCAGGCUGACGACUUCAAGGGCCGGCCCGACCUCUACAGCUUCACCUUGAUCUCUGAUGGCCAGAGCAUGACCUUCAAUCCAGAUUCAGGCCCCGUGUGGGCUGCCCGCCGGCGCCUGGCACAGGACGCCCUGAAGAGUUUCUCAGUGGCCUCAGACCCGGCCUCGUCAUCCUCCUGCUACUUGGAGGAGCAUGUGAGGAAGGAGGCUGAAUACCUAAUCAACAAGUUCCAGGAGCUCAUGGCAGGCCCUGGGCACUUUGACCCCUACAGAUAUGUGGUGGUCUCAGUGACCAAUGUCAUCUGUGCCAUGUGCUUUGGGCAGCGCUAUGACCAUGACAACCAAGAGCUGCUUGAUUUAGUUGACCUAAAUAAUGAGUUUGGGGAGGUGACUGCCUCUGGAAACCCAGCUGACUUCAUCCCCGUUCUCCAGUACCUGCCCAACUCUGCCAUGGAUAACUUCAAGGAACUGACUAGGAAGUUCUCUGUCUUCACACAGAAGAUGGUCAAGGAGCACUACAAAACAUUUGAGGAGGUACAGGCUGGGGAGAGGCAGGUGGGCCAGGGAAGCAAAUGGUGUCAGUGGCCAGGAGGUCAGAGAUGAAAGAAAUAGCACGAGGCUGGGCAGGUUCUCAGGGAGGCUCCACCCUGGGAGUUUGAAGCUGUUACAGAGUGGACAUCAUCCUCACCAGGGAAGUAGAACUGUUUCUUCUAGGCUUCCGUCAGCAAGAGCCCCUAAAAGUCACUCCAUGCAGGUUUGUGGACCAGUUGUUGCACGGAUGGGAGAGAGUUAGGAGUUUGUCU